AUGCGUGCUGUGGCUAUCGUAGCGGUGGUGCUAUGCGCCCUCGCCACUCUCAGCAUUGCCGCAGAGCCGGAGGUAACCUCGACGGUGUACUUUGAUGUCACGCUCGGCGAGGAAUCGCUUGGCCGCAUUAUAAUCGGCCUGUUCGGCAAGGAUGUGCCGCGCACGACGGAGAACUUCCGGCAGCUAUGCACGGGUGAGCACGGGUACGGCUACAAGGGCUCCAUCUUCCACCGCGUCAUCCCAAACUUCAUGAUUCAGGGCGGUGACUUCACCAACUUUGACGGCACAGGCGGCAAGUCCAUCUACGGAGCCAAUUUCAAGGAUGAGAACUUCAAGAUCAAGCACUUUGCCGGUGCGCUGUCCAUGGCGAACGCCGGCGCCAACACAAACGGCUCGCAGUUCUUCAUCACGACGGUGGCGACGCCGUGGCUCGAUGGUCGCCAUGUGGUGUUCGGCAAGGUAAUUGAGGGUAUGGACGUGGUCUUCCGCAUCGAGAAGGUGAAGACGGGCAGCCACGAUCGUCCGGUGAAGACUGUGAAGAUCGUCGCCUGUGGUGAGCUGUAG